AAGAACACUUUCUUAGAUAAUAAAAUCUUCAAAGUGCGCUUAUUCAUUCACUCACUUACUCACUCAAGUCUCAAAAAUCUCCAAAUCACGUUCGUUUUCGUAUUUCCUUACUUUCAAAUUUUCCAAUUCAAUGGCAAAGAACAAGAUGUCCCAGAUCGAAGAUCUCUCAGACGAGGAUUUAGCUUUGAAAGAACAGCUACAUUUGUAUGUUGAGAGGGUUCAGGAUUCUGACCCCCAAUUGCAGAAGCUUGCUCUUCAAAACAUCAGGCAUGAAAUUCGUAAUUCAACUAGCUCCAUGACUUCCGUUCCCAAGCCUUUAAAAUUUCUACGCCCCCAUUAUGUCACUCUUAAGACAUAUUAUGAACAAACUAUGAUGGCUGAAUCAGAUGUAAAGGACUAUUUAGCAGACAUUUUAUCAGUUUUGGCCAUGUCUGCUCCGGGAGACGAAGAAGAACUGGAAAGCCUCCGGUACAGAUUAUUAGGUUCAAAGGGUGAUAUUAGUUCUUGGGGCCAUGAGUAUGUUAGGAAUUUGGCAGGACAAAUUUCCAAAGAGUAUGCAAAACGACAGACUGCAGACACUCCAAUAGACGAUCUUUUGGAACUUGUACAACAAAUAGUUGCUUUUCACAUGAAGCACAAUGCCGAGACAGAAGCUGUAGAUCUUUUAAUGGAGGUUGAGUACCUUGAUAUGUUGAUCGAACAUGUGGACAGAACAAAUUUCAAGAGGACUUGCCUGUAUCUCACCACUUCAGCUAGAUACCUUCCUGGACCGGAUGAUAUUAUAGUUUUGGACCUUGCAUUUUCAAUCUAUCUAAAAUUUGAAGAAUAUACAAAUGCGCUCCAACUUGCGUUAUUACUAGAUAAGCGGCAGUAUGUGAGGCAGGUGUUCACUUCUUGUAAUGAUAUGCUGCAAAAGAAGCAAUGCUGUUUCAUACUUGCACGUCAUGGAGUUACGUUUGAAUUAGAUGAGGAACUGGCUCCAAUUGAAGAGGACAGAGAUAUUUUGCAGGAUAUCUUAAACAAUUCUAAGUUGAGUGAAGGAUAUCUGACUCUUGCUCGUGAUAUUGAAGUCAUGGAGCCCAAAUCUCCAGGGGAUAUAUACAAGGAACACUUGCUUGAUAGCAACACAUGUGCCGGAGCUAAUGUUGAUUCAGCUAGACAUAACCUUGCAGCUACAUUUGUCAAUGCAUUUGUAAAUGCUGGCUUUGGUCAGGAUAAAUUGAUGACUGAUACAUCAGAUUCUUCCAGCACUAAUUCUUCAGGAAAUUGGGUUUUCAAAAACAAGGAGCAUGGGAAGACUAGUGCUGCAGCUAGUCUGGGUAUGGUUUUACUUUGGGAUGUUGACUCUGGACUUGCACAACUUGACAAAUACUUUCAUAGUAAAGACAACCAUGUCAUUGCUGGUGCAUUGUUAGGAGUUGGAAUCGCCAAUUGUCGUAUCAAGAAUGACUGUGAUCCAGCCAUGGCUAUCUUAGGGGACUACACAGAUAAUGAAGACACUUCGAUCAGGAUUGGUGCAAUUAUGGGAUUGGGAAUAGCAUAUGCAGGUUCCCAGAACGAGCAGAUACGAUGCAAGUUGGAACCUAUUCUGAAUGAUGCUAAAGCUUCACUUGAUGUGAUUGCUUUUGCUGCGAUUUCGUUGGGCUUGGUUUAUGUUGGUUCUUGUAAUGAGGAAAUUGCUCAAGCAAUCAUAUUUGCACUGAUGGACAGGAGUGAAUCAGAGUUGGGAGAGCCCUUGACACGAUUUUUACCUCUUGGCCUAGGUCUUCUUUAUCUUGGGAAACAGGAGAGUGUGGAGGCAACUGCUGAAGUUUCAAAGACUCUAGAUGAAAAAAUUAGGAAGUAUUGCGAAAUAACACUACAAUCAUGUGCCUAUGCUGGAACUGGGAAUGUUCUCAAGGUGCAGAAUCUUUUGGGUCAUUGUUCCCAAAAAGAUGAAAUGCAUCAAGGUCCGGCGGUGGUUGGAAUUGCUAUGGUAGCAAUGGCUGAAGAAUUAGGCAUUGAUAUGGCAAUUCGAUCGCUGAAACAUCUUCUCCAAUAUGGAGAGCAGAGUGUACGCCGAGCAGUUCCCCUAGCACUUGGUCUACUUUCUAUAUCAAAUCCAAAGGCCAAUGUUAUAGAUACCUUAAGUAGACUAAGCCACGAUACUGAUUCGGAAGUGGCAAUGGCAGCGGUUAUUGCAUUCGGGCUAAUAGGUGCUGGAACGAACAAUGCUCGAAUUGCUGGCAUGCUUCGCACCCUUUCCAGCUUUUACCACAAGGAUGCCAACCUUCUAUUUUGUGUGAGGAUUGCCCAAGGUCUUGUACAUUUGGGAAAAGGCCUAAUAACGCUUAAUCCAUAUCAUUCCGACCGCUCCUUAUUAUCACCGUCAUCACUUGCCGGUCUAAUUGCAAUGCUUCAUUCAUGCCUCGAUAUGAAAGCCAUGGUGUUGGGAAAGUAUCAUUAUAUUCUUUACUUCCUUGUUUUGGCAAUGCAGCCGAGGAUGUUACUGACUUUGGACGAGAAUUUAAAGCCUAUAUCAGUGCCUGUUCGGGUUGGUCGAGCAGUAGAUGUUGUUGGACAGGCUGGUCGUCCUAAAAUAAUUACUGGUUUUCAGACUCACUCGACCCCUGUUCUCCUGGCUGCUGGGGAUAGAGCCGAGCUAGCAACGGAAAAAUAUAUUCCCCUUUCGUCGAUUCUCGAAGGGUUUGUUAUUUUGAAGGACAAUCCUGAUUAUGAGGAUCGAUUGUAAUAGACCCGGGGAUGAGGAUAUAAUUACUCCGGUUAGGCGUUCAAGUAGGAUUAGGAGCCUUUGCCACUUUUCCUGUAUAAGCUGUUUUUGCUGUCUCCUUCAUAAUCUAACCUGCAUAACUUUGCACGCCUGCAACGUGAAUGUAUUUGUUUCUAGAAGUAAAUAGAUUGUCUUUGCCUUUAUAGAAUAUUUUUACUUGAAUUAGAGGAUCUUAACUUUGACAUGAAACUGUCUUAAAUCAGUAUAAAAGAGGUUAUGUGCUUUAGGUGUA